UCGGACGUCCACAACGUUCACAUCGACAUUCUGACAUCAACAUGUCCACGGCUGCAACCCGCGACAUCAUCACGUCCAACUCGGCAACGUUGGGCCUGCAAGCAGGUGCUGUCGCCACCGUCGUCGCCGGUGCAGGCGCGACGCUGGCCCACUACACGUGGCCCUUCUUCCGCAACCGAUUGGGGGUGAGCGGCAAGGUCGGGUUGGUCGCGUCCGCCGGCAUGGCCACGUUUAUCAUUGUGGCCGAGCGCGAUUUGCUCCGCGGUAGCCGCAACCCCGACGAGUAUAUCAACGACCUGCAAGCCAAGAACAACACCGCGUCGCCGUCGUCCCCCGCCACCGCAGGCAAGUCUCACUCGUUGCCGCUGCACCACCAUUUCGCAAACUACUUGCUCGACUACCCGUUCCGCACCCUCGCCAUGACGGCGACCCCGCUCGUGGGCGCCAUCUACCUGCACCAAAGCCGUAACAACAACAUCCAAUUCUCUCAGAAGAUCAUGCACACGCGCAUCUACGGUCAAGGGACGUGCGUGGUGCUGCUGCUCAGCACGAUGGCCAUGUACGAUUUCAUGUCUCGUCGAGGCCGCUACGAAUAAGCAUGCAACAUGCGUACGACCCCUGACUGUGGAUCGUGGAAUACUACCAGCCACGACAUGAUUAUCAACUCGAUACUAGUGUUUGGAGUUGCUGUCGCCCUUUGCUAGCAUAAUCUGAAGUGCAUUUACUUACUACCUACACUUCGAAGGUCCGUAGUGUACCCUUCAAAUAGCA